AUGCUAGACUUCCUCAAACGCGCCCUGCGCAAGCCACAAGCAAGUGUGUACGGUCUAGACCAUGCCGUCCUCAACAUACAGCUCCCACCGCAGAGUAUGUGGAUGAAUAUGGGGUACUGGGAGUACACAACUGAUUUCCCAACGGCGUGCCAAGCGCUCCUAGAUCAGGUUCUCGCGGCUGCGCUAUCAACAGAGAAGGCGUCUAGCGUGAGAAUCCUGGAUGUUGGGUGUGGGUGUGGUGAUCAGUCUUUGCACCUGACGAAGAUCUUCAAUGGCUCUUCUUCUACAUCCCAGUCCAGUUCUGAAUCUGGGACCGGGACCGGGUGCGAAGCGGCCCCUCCCCCUAUCUCCAGCAUUCCAUCUGAUAUUCGAUCAUCGGAGUCGGGUCUGCGGUUUCGCCAUAGCAAGACCAAGCCGGGAUCUCUCUCUUCUCUACGCCUAGAUUCCUAUAUCGGGAUCACGCUGGAACCAGCGCAGGCCGCGCUCGGCUCAAGUCGCAUUCAUCAUAUGCAGCGAGAGAGCGAGGACUUUAUACAAGCAGAUAUUUUUUGCGCAGACGCCGCAGUCCCCAACUCUUGGACUGGGGAGUUAAAGAAAUCAAUUACAGCUUUUGAAGACGCGUCAACCAAACCAAAUGGAAAUGGAACUGGAAAUGGAGCUGGAAAUGAAGAUACAUCUACAUGGCUCCUAGCGCUGGACACAAUAUACCACUUCCGCCCAUCGCGCCUUCCUCUCCUGACCUAUGCACACAACACCCUCAACGCCUCAUUCAUGGCAUUCGACUUGAUACUAUCCAACAGUAUAACUUGGUACGAAAAGAUCCUCCUCCGACUCGUGUGCUGGGCAACGAACUCGCCAUUUGGGAAUUUCAUUACCGAGAAGGAAUAUGUGGAGUUGCUUGGUACGGCUGGGUAUGAUCCUGCUUUUAUUGAGAUCCGAGAUGUCUCGCAGUACGUUUUUGGCGGGUUAGCGGGGUUCAUUGAGCGCAGGAUCGAGGAGGCGAGGCCGUUUGGAAUUAAAUUGGGCAAGUUUCGCGGGGCCAAGUUGGUUUUUGGGUGGUGGGCUNAAAUUGGGCAAGUUUCGCGGGGCCAAGUUGGUUUUUGGGUGGUGGGCUAA